AGUUCACUAUACAAAGGAACAGAAGCUAGCAAUAACUUGAGCAGAGUGAAAGUCUGACAUAUCGUAGAGUUUAAAAAUGGAGAAAAUAGAGCACACGACUGUCGCCACAAAUGGCAUAAACAUGCACGUAGCGUCGAUAGGGAAAGGUCCAGUGGUCCUCCUCCUCCAUGGCUUCCCUGAGCUCUGGUACUCGUGGCGACACCAGCUUCUGUACCUCUCCUCCCACGGCUAUCGCUGUAUCGCCCCCGACCUUCGUGGCUAUGACGACACUGACGCCCCUCCCUCCCAUGCCUCCUACACAUCUUUACACAUCGUCGGAGACCUUGUCGCCCUUCUUGACCAGCUUGGUAUCGACCAGGUCUUCUUGGUCGGCCAUGACUGGGGAGCUAUGAUGGCCUGGUACUUUUGUUUGUUCAGGCCGGAUCGAAUCAAAGCUUUGAUCAACCUGAGCGUGCCAUUUUUUCCCAGGAACCCGACGUUUGAUCUGGUGGAUGGCUUCAGGGCUUUGUUUGGUGAUGAUUAUUACGUUUGCAGGUUUCAGGAACAUGGAGAAGCCGAAGAAGAUUUUGCUUGUGUCGAUACCGCACGACUAAUGAAGAAGUUCUUUUCAAUAUUCGGUCCAAAUCCUCUGAUGAUACCUAAAGAAGUGGGAGUUAGAGGAUUGGCAACACCAGAUGCAUUGCCUUCUUGGUUGUCAGAAGAAGAUAUUAAUUAUUAUGCCACCAAAUUUAAGCAGACAGGUUUCACCGGAGGAUUGAACUAUUAUCGAGCUAUCCACCUAAACUGGGAGCUCACAGCGCCAUGGACUGGAUCACAAGUCAAAGUGCCAGCCAAGUUCAUAGUGGGAGACCAGGAUAUCGUCUACAAUAUCCCAGGUGUCAAGGACUAUAUAAGCGGCGGCGGCUUCAAGAAAGACGUGCCGUGUUUGCAAGACGUAGUUGUGAUGGAAGGAGUAUCUCAUUUCAUCAAUCAAGAAAAGGCAGAUGAGAUUAGCGCACACAUAUAUGAAUUUAUCAACAAGUACUGAGUGUGCGAGAAAGUAUUUUCAGGUCGAGGACUAUGAGCUGCAUGGGUACUGUUUACCGUUUAGUUCCCAUGGAUCAUCUAUAAUAAUGGAUCGAGCCAACGAAUUAUUAAAUAAGCAUGUAAUGUUGAUCGUGUGUACUGAACGUACAAAUCAACAACAUAAUGGUGUUAUUUUCUUAUUAUGUUAUUUAUGCCUUUUGCAUAUGCUUAAUUACAGUUAACA